CAAUCUAUCGUAGUGUGCGUUUUUUACAGGCACUCACAAAUACCACAACAGUGUUUGCCGCUCUCUCGCUAUUAUUAAAAGGUUUAGUGCUCUUUGGAAAGUGAUCAGCUGUUAAAUCAGCUGUUGGGGGGACAGUUCCGGAAAUGAACCGAUAAUCCUUUCUUACUUGUGUCCAGGGGGAUAUAUUAGGUCAGAAAAAUAAGGUAGAACUGUACUUUUAUGAAUACAAACUUCUAGAAUUUCAUGACAAAGUCCAAAAUAUCACGAGGCUCGCUACAUAGCAACACACAAAAAUAGAGGCGUACAAAACACGGAGGCCUUGCCCGAUCAGGUAUACCAUAUAUACAUAUGUACAUUUGUACAUACUUACGUAUGUAUGGAUGUUCCAAUGAGUAUACACAAUGUCGAUAAGACCGCACGCGUUACUGUCUCAAUCGCUCUCACUGAUCACCUCGGACCAUGUGGGUAUAAAAGGCAGCGAUCUCUCUCAUUCGGUAUUCAGUUAGCAGCAAGUGAGCCAACUAUCAGCAGCAAAAGUUAGGAAAGCUGUAUCCAAAUACAAGGCACAAUGAGUUCCAAUUCUCUGUUCGAAACCGACGAAGAUGUCGCCCAGGCCAAUAAAUUGUCCAAAAAGGUCAAAGAAUCUCCUUUUAUGCUAGUGGGCAUUGCCGGAUUCGUGGCCGCCGGUCUGGUUGGAGCCUACAAAUACCGCAACCGUGGAUCCAUGAGCACCAGCGUCUUUUUGAUGCAGUUGCGAGUGGCCGCCCAGGGAACCGUAGUCGGAUGUUUGACCGCCGGACUGGCCUACACCAUGGCCAAGGAGUAUCUACUCCACGAAGAGCCCAAGAACAACACAAAGUCUGUCAAGUAAAGAUAGAGUCGAAAGCAUCUGAUACCCCGAGAUCACCAACUGUUCUCCUAGCAUAAAAAAGAUCCUGCCCACCCUCUCCGAUGAAAAGUGUCACAACAAAAAACCCUAAAGAUAUAAUAAAUUCGGCAUUCGGGGGUGAACUACAAGCGCACCACCGAGAAGUAUUAGCCAUCUGACUCUACCUCCAUUUCAUAUUUCAUCAUAUUUGUAUAAAAUCGCAUAAAAUCGUAGUCUUAAGUAAUACAAUAAAAACAGUUUUUACUAAAAAUCCUA